UUCACGCUCCUGCUCGCCAAUAAUUUCAGUUGCCUCGUUAUCCCUACCUCCCUCCCUCACUGUACAUACAUACUACACCUCUCUCUCUCUCUCUUUCUCUCCUCACUUUUUCUCUCUCCUCUCUUUCUCUCUCCUCUCUUCCCUCUCUCUCUCUCUUACACGCACAAGGUAUACCUUCUUUUUCUCUCUCUUGCAUUUCGCACUCCGCCGUCUCCGCUUCUCACAUUCUGCAACUUUAUCAACUUCACCAUUUCAUGGAGGUUACCUUCCUCUCCAGACCCCCAUUGCUCCCAUUUUCUCCUUCUUCUUCUUCUUCUUCGAAAUACUUGCCUUUCUCCUCCUUUCAAACCCUCUUCAGAGUGGAUCUCCUGGGCUUGGCCAACUCUCUCAGACCUCCUGCUCUCCGCUCUCCCAAAAAGUUCAGGCCAUUAGAUUUAAGGUUUCGGACUCAUCGCUCUCAUGGCCUUAUCUGUCGAGCUGCUUUAAUGGAGACCUCUGCUCUUAUCGCAAUUGCAAUUGCUGUCGUUGCUGCCAUCCGCUUUUACUUAAAUUACAUAAAUCAAAGGCAUAAGAAGCCUUCGAAGGUCAUUACUGAGACUACAAUGGAGGCUCAAGAAAAUCUCCAAACUGAGCACUCAAUACCAAAAAUAAACUUUAUUGAGUAUGAUGAAUGCACUAAGGAAGUGGCUGUCACUGCAGCAGCUGCUUCUGAUGUUUUCACAGUCGUUGCUUCUAAUUUUAAGGGAUUUCACUCUCCUGAUCUUCGAAGAAUUCAAAACACAGGGGGUAUACAAGAGAUGGUUAAAAUAAAGGAAAUACAAAAACCCAAUUUUCAUUCUGCGGGAUCAAGUGCUAGGAACCCUUCUUAUGCCAAAGCAGCUGAAGUCAUGAGCUUGGAUCUUAUGCCAAAGAAAUUUGGUGAAAAGGGUGAUUGUGACUUGGAUAGUUCAAGAUUUAUCUGCGCAAAAAGGCAAUUGGAUGAAGAAUCUCAAGGGGAAGCUCAUGUGAACACCAUGGUAUCCAUGGCCCUGGAAGCAUCACAUUUUAAGGGCUCCUCUGAUAACUUAAAGCGUACACAUGCAGCUGUAGUAGUCCAUCUUAAUCAUGAACAUAGAUAUGGAACAAAUAGAACCUUUGGUACUCUAGUCUCUGGUGAAAAUGGGGAAUGUAAAGGGCUGGCUAUGGAGCCUAAAACAAUCGAUGGAAGUCAGUAUGGUGUGUCUUUUUCAAUAAGCUCUCAAACUCCUGGCACUAUUAAUUCCCACAUGGACAAAAAUAACAUGGAGUGUCUGUCAUUUAAGUGGCCUCAUAACCACAACAAACUGGGACAUGCUGCGAAGGUUAUGAAUAACAAUGCAAUAAGCUCUCAAACUCCUGGCACUACUAAUUCCCACAUGGACAACAAUAACAAGGAGUGUCUGUCAUUUAAGAGGCCUCAUAACCACAACAAACUGGGACAUGCCGUGAAGGUUAUGAAUAACAAACAAAUUUUGGAAGGAAGAGUUCUCUCUCCAUAUGAUAAACAAGGGUCUGUAAAAGCAAGAAAGAAACGAAACAAUGGAAUUGGGUUCACAGUUGACAAGGAAGAAAAUUCUGUUCAGAAUGAUGUUGGGAGUUUCCCGCCGAGCCGUCUACCCAACGAGUCUGAGAAGGAAAAGGAUGACCUAUCCGAGUACCUCAGGAUGUAUAAUCGCUGGUUAAAACAUGGGAGAUUGAAUGAUUGCAUACAAUUGCUAGAAAGCAUCGACGAGAAGGCAUUGUUAGAUAUGGAUAAGAUUUACCACACACGAUUUUUGAACAUGUGUAAAACACAAAAGGCUGUGGAUGAGGCAUUUCGUUUUGUCCAGCUGGUUAGGAAGCCAUCCUUGAGUACAUUCAACAUGCUUUUGUCAGUGUAUGCAAGUUCUCAUGAUUCAGAAGGAGCAUUUCGUGUCCUCGCGCUAGUCAAGGAGGCAGGAUUAAAAGCUGAUUGCAAAUUAUACACGACGCUAAUUUCAACUUGUGCAAAAAGUGGAAAGGUUGACGGAAUGUUUGAAGUGUUUCAUGAAAUGGUCAAUACUGGAGUUGAGCCAAAUGUCCAUACGUAUGGGGCCUUGAUUGAUGGUUGUGCUAGGGCUGGACAGAUUGCCAAGGCAUUUGGGGCCUAUGGGAUUAUGAGAUCCAAGAAUGUGAAGCCUGAUCGAGUUGUGUUCAAUGCACUUAUCAAUGCAUGCGGUCGAUCAGGAGCAGUGGAUCGUGCAUUUGAUGUUCUAUCAGAGAUGAGAGCUGAGCCUCAACCCAUAGAUCCUGAUCAUGUGACUGUUGGUGCAUUGAUGAGAACAUGCUCACAAGCCGGACAGGUUGACAGAGCACUUGAAGUAUACAAAAUGGUCCAUGGGUAUAACAUCAAGGGUUGCCCAGAUGUUUACACAAUAGCUGUUAAUAGUUGCAGUGAAAAGGGUGAUUUGGAUUUUGCCUUGAGAGUUUAUGAUGAUAUGAAAGAGAAUGGUGUUAAGCCUGAUGAGGUGUUUUUUAGUGCGCUAAUAGAUGUUGCAGGACAUGCUGGAAAGUUAGAUGUUGCCUUUAGUAUCAUCCAGGAUGCCAAAAAUCAUGGAAUACAGAUCGGGAACAUAUUAUAUAGCUCUGUAAUGGGAGCUUGUAGGCAUGCAAAAAGUUGGCAAAGGGCACUGGAGCUGUAUGAAGAUAUCAAAUCCAUCAAACUACUUCCAACUGUGUCAACAUUGAAUGCUCUGAUCACUUCUUUGUGUGAAGGUGACCAACUUCACAAAGCAGUGGAAGUGCUAGAGGAAACAAGGGAAGCAGGCAUGUGUCCAAACAGCAUAACAUACUCUAUCCUCUUUGUGGAGUGUGAAAAGAAGGAUGAAACAGAAUGUGCAUUAAAGCUUCUUUCAUAUUCAAAGAAGGAUGGGAUUGGCGUUAAUCUCAUAAUGUGCGGAUGUUUCACUGGUCUUUGCUUGAGGAGGUAUGAGAAGGCUUCUGCCCUUGGUGAGCCUAUUUUGGCUUUCAGUUCGGGAAAUGCUCAGAUCGAUAACCAGUGGACAUCAUGGGCAUUAAUGGUCUAUCGUGAAACAGUUUCAGCUGGUAUCAUACCAACUAUGGAAGUUUUUUCACAGGUUUUGGGAUGUCUUCAGAUACCUUAUGAUCCUGUGUUGAGAAAUAGUCUUCUAGAUAAUCAAGGAAUUAGCAUUGAUGUUUUGAGAUGCCCAAAUGUAUGUUCAUUAGUAGAUGGAUUUGGGGAAUACGACCCCCGUGCCUUCUCCCUACUUGAGGAAGCUGCAUCACUUGGAGUUGUUCCUGGUGUCUCUUUCAAAAGCAGCCCCAUAAUUGUUGAUACGAGGAUGUUACGGAUUCAUACAGCUGAGGUGUACUUUUUAACUGUUCUUAAGGGUCUCAAACAUCGGCUAGCUGCUGGUGCAAAACUUCCAAACAUGACUAUCAUACUUCCUAUAGAGAAGACCACAGUUGCAUCAGGAAAUGGAGAUAAAACCGUUCACCUGUCUGGAAGGAUUGGGCAAGCUCUUGGGGCCUUGCUGAGGAGGUUGGGACUGCCAUAUCAAGGGAAUGAAUCAUAUGGGAAGAUUCGGAUCAGUGGGCUCGCCCUAAAACGCUGGUUUCAGCCGAAGCUUGCCCUUCGGUUCAGUAGAAAACAACCUGAGAUGAGCUCCCCACCUACACGUUUGGCAAAAGGUAUUACAGAUCAACAGCAUAGUAUUCGUACAAAGAAUCUCUCUCUCUCUAAUGAUUUCAAUGAUGGUUCAAGAAGCUUGGAACCAGGCAUCAAUCAAGAUGUUCCAGAUUUCAGUUUUGAUUAGAAUAUUUCGAAGAGUAACAUAUGAGGAAGAGAGUUUGAAUCAAGAAGUGGGUGAAGAUUUAGUAGUAAAAUGGUAUUUAUGAAUCUUGGUUGCUAGUCACUAACAUGAGCCCCCAGGGCAGCAACAACUUUAUAGAGCAGAGAUCCCUAAUAUUUAUGUGGAAAUUCCUCUUAAAUGUGCAAGAUUUUGAUAAAUUGCCAGGAUGAAUUUAUUUGUAUUAGAACAGAAUAAUUUCAAUAAAUAGGUGAAUAAAAUUUAUAUUGUA